UUCACCACCGUUAACUGUUGAGAUUAUGUAUGAAAAACAAUUUUGUAGUUCUAAUAACUUUAGUAAUUGAUCGGCUUUCUAGGGGUUAGGUCUUACCAUGUUCAGGUGCAGAAGUUUAUUGCUUCUCGGAUCAUUGCUGAUAGCCAUAAUCGGUGGCCAUUCGGAAAGUUUUCCUUGUAAGUUGAGGGAUGCACAGUAUGGUAAGGUUUGCGUUUGCACGGCGGAUUAUUGUGAUUAUCUGGAGAAUCCUACGCUGAAAGAGGACCAAGAGUUUGCUUUAAUAUCCAGCACAAAGCAGGGAUUGCGUUUCGAAGUGAGCAAUGGCUACUUCGGUGCUAAGGAUAAGUAUACUAUAAAGGACUAUGAAGAGUCUUCUACUAAAAACUCAAAGGAUGACAACAAUGCUACGAUUAUAUCCCGGUUGAUUGAUGAGGCUUUGGCUGCAGUUUUCCCGCAGUCUAAAAAGGCCUCUGUGAGCACUUCACGAUCCGUGACGAUCAAACUGGAUCGUAGCAAGAGAUUUCAGAGAAUGGAGGGUUUUGGUGGCAGCUUUACCGGAGCUGUGUCAUAUUUGGUGGAGAAUUAUAAGGAGCAGAAAAUUCAGGAUCAUCUCUACAAGUCAUUUUAUGCUGACGACGGCUUGGGAUUCAAUUUGUUGCGAGUCGCCAUGGGAGGCUGUGACUUUGAUUUGCAAGCCUGGGCCUACAAUGAAAAACCCGAGAAUGACACCAAACUGACCAACAUGGAUAAACUGGACGAUCGUGAUGUCAUUCGCGUGGAACAGAUUAAACGUAUGAGGGAUGUCUCUGGUGUGAAAAAACUUAGAAUUAAAGGUGCUGCCUGGAGUGCACCGCCAUGGAUGAAGACUAAUAACAGAUGGACUGGAUUUGGGCUCCUCAAGCGUGAAUACUAUCAGACUUGGGCCGAUUAUCAUCUGAAAUGGGUGGAUUUGAUGGAGAGCAAUGGUCUACCGAUCUGGGCCAUUUCCACUGGAAAUGAGCCAACGAAUGGAGUGUUUUUCAUGUUCUUUGUCAAGUUCAUGAGCUUGGGCUGGACGCCGCAGUCUCAGGCCAUCUGGCUGAACGAUCAUCUUGGACCAACCUUGCGUAAUUCCAAGUAUAAGGAUAUCGUUUUAUUUGGCAACGAUGAUCAGCGGUACACGAGUCCAUACUGGUUCCAAAUGAUGAAUCGCACUCGUCCAAAUUCAAUUAAUUAUCUUGAUGGCGUAGCGCUCCAUUGGUAUUGGGAUGAGAUAUUUGGUAGUAGUUUCGUUGACAAGACUAACGAUUAUAUGGCCGAUAAGAUACACAUCAUCUCUGAGUCGUGUAUCGGCGAUAAGCCGUGGCAACAAGCAAAACCCCUCAUUGGUAGCUGGGAUCGUGGUGAAAAGUAUGCCCGCUCGUGGUUGUCUCAUCUGAAGGAUAACUUCCAUGCCAUGGUUGACUGGAAUAUCAUUUUAGAUGAGGAAGGUGGACCCAAUUAUGUCAGCAAUACAGUUGAUGCUCCUGUUGUUGCCAACACAACAACGUACACUGAGUUCUACAAACAGCCCAUAUUCUAUAUCCUCGGUCAUUUCUCCAAGCUAGUGCCCGAAGGCUCUGUCCGUAUCGAGGCGAUUCCCAGCAAUGUUAACCUCGAUGCCGUUGCCUUUAUGCGACCCGAUGACAAAAUUGCCGCUGUAUUCUUUAAUAGUGGUCGGGCUGAUCUUGAUAUUAUAAUUGUGGAUAGUGUUCGUGGAAAUGUAACGCUUAACAUUCCAGCAAAGUCUAUACACACUUUACUUUACAACUGAAACUAAGAAAUAACAGUAAAACAUAAAUUCUUAA